AAAGAAGUCAAGCGGAGGCUGCAGCCCGGGCCGCGAAGGGGGUGACAACCGCCCGUGGUCCCGCCCCUUCCCGUGGCCGCUCGGAGCCACUUCCGGCGGCGGCUUCCCGGCUAGUUCCCGGCGCGAGCGGCAGUGGGCCAGUUUCUAUCUCCUCAUCCAGGGCUUGCGAGCGAGGCCUGGUUUAAGUCUCCAGUAACCGAGCGGAGGCCCGGCAGGCGCGACCCGGGCUGCGUACGGCAGAGCUGCCUCCGAAGUGGUAAAAUGUGCUGCGAGAACUGGAGCCGCGUGGCGGAAAUGUUUCUCUUCAUUGAGGAGCGGGAGGAUUGUAAGAUCCUGUGCCUUUGCUCCAGGGCAUUUGUGGAGGAUCGAAAAUUGUACAAUUUGGGAUUAAAAGGCUAUUACAUCAGAGACAGUGGCAACAAUUCAGGAGACCAGGCGACAGAAGAAGAGGAAGGUGGUUAUUCCUGUGGUACUGCAGAAUCACAUGACAGCAAAGGCAUAGGCCUAGAUGAAAGUGAACUUGAUUCUGAGGCUGAACUCAUGAGAAGUAUGGGAUUGCCACUUCAAUUUGGUAGGAUAACUGCACAUAAGAAUUUUGAGGUAUCUAUGAAUACUAGAAAUAAAGUUAAAAUAAAAAAGAAAAAGAAAAAACAUCAAAAGAAGUACUUAGAUGAAAUUGUGCAAGAAUCUUGGAGAAAAGAAUAUGAAGAAGACGACAUUUUGGCUUCAGAUGAUCCAUCUUCAGUUGAACAGUAUGAGAACACCAGAACAUGUGAACUUCAAAGCAAAAAAGAUACUGAGACAGAAAAUCUUCCUGUUGAAAACACAUUAUCUCCAAAGCUAGAAAUUACAGAGAAAUGGGAAAAGUAUUGGAAUGAAUAUGGAGGAGGACUGUUGUGGCAAAGUUGGCAAGAAAAACAUCCGGAUCAAGCACUAUCUUCUGAACCUUGGAACUUUCCUGAUACAAAGGAAGAAUGGGAGCAACAUUAUAGUCAACUUUAUUGGUAUUAUUUGGAACAAUUUCAGUAUUGGGAAGCUCAGGGUUGGACUUUUGAUGCCUUGCAAAGCUGUGAUACAGAUACUUACACAUCUAAAACAGAAGCUGACAACAAGAAAGAUGAAAAAUGCAUGAAAGUUGACUUAGUAUCUUUUCCAUCUUCACCUGUUACGGUUGAUAAUGACAGCUCUGGUACAAGUGAUAAGGAUCAUAGUGAAAUACUUGAUGGAAUUAGUAACAUAAAACUGAAUUCAGAGGAAGUAAAACAGAGCCAAUUAGAUUCCUGUACAAGUCAUGAUGGUCAUCAACAGCUAAGUGAAGUUAGUAGCAGAAGAGAGUGCCCUGCUUCCGGCCAAAGUGAACCACGUAAUGGAGGAACCAAUGAGGAAAGCAACUCGUCGGGGAAUACAAGCACAGACCCACCAGCUGAAGAUUCACAGAAGUCUUCAGGAGCAAACACAAGCAAAGACAGACCACAUGCCAGUGGUACUGAUGGAGAUGAAAGUGAGGAAGAUCCACCUCAGCAUAAGCCAAGAAAACUGAAGAGGAGCCAUGAACUGGACAUUGAUGAAAACCCAGCUUCAGACUUUGAUGACAGUGGUUCCCUUCUAGGAUUCAAGUAUGGCUCAGGACAAAAAUAUGGUGGAAUCCCAAAUUUCAGUCAUCGGCAGGUCAGGUAUUUAGAGAAGAAUGUGAAGCGUAAGUCUAAGUACCUGGACAUGCGCAGACAAAUAAAGAUGAAAAACAAACACAUCUUCUUUACCAAAGAGUCAGAAAAACCAUUUUUCAAGAAAAGCAAAACUCUGAGUAAGGUAGAAAAAUUCCUCACAUGGGUUAAUAAACCAAUGGAUGAAGACGCAUCACAGGAAUCGUCUUCUCAUGACAAUGUGCACUACGCUUCCACAAGUAGUGAUUCAGAGGAACAAGACAUAUCUGUUAAAAAAGGUGAUGACCUACUGGAGGCUAGUAAUCCAGAACCUGAAAAGUGUCAGAGCGUAUCUUCAGUUGGUGAACUUGAAACAGAAAACUAUGAAAGAGACAGCUUGCUAGCAACUGUUCCAGAUGAGCAGGAUUGUGUUACUCAAGAAGUGCCAGACUCCCUCCAGGCAGAAACUGAAGCUGAAGUGAAAAAGAAGAAGAACAAGAAGAAGAACAAAAAGGUGAAUGGUCUGCCUCCUGAAAUAGCUGCUGUUCCUGAGCUGGCGAAAUACUGGGCCCAGAGGUACAGGCUCUUCUCCCGUUUUGAUGAUGGGAUUAAGUUGGACAGAGAGGGCUGGUUUUCAGUUACACCCGAGAAGAUUGCCGAACACAUUGCUGGCCGUGUUAGUCAGUCCUUCAAGUGUGACGUUGUAGUAGACGCAUUCUGUGGAGUUGGAGGAAAUACCAUUCAGUUUGCCUUAACAGGAAUGAGAGUGAUUGCCAUUGAUAUCGAUCCUGUUAAGAUUGCCCUUGCUCGUAAUAAUGCAGAAGUUUAUGGGAUAGCAGAUAAGAUAGAGUUCAUCUGUGGAGAUUUCUUGCUGCUGGCUUCUUGUUUAAAGGCUGAUGUUGUGUUCCUCAGCCCGCCUUGGGGAGGGCCAGACUAUGCCACUGCAGAGACCUUUGACAUUAGAACGAUGAUGUCUCCUGAUGGCUUUGAAAUUUUCAGACUUUCCAAGAAGAUCACUAAUAAUAUUGUUUAUUUUCUUCCAAGAAAUGCUGAUAUUGACCAGGUGGCAUCCUUAGCUGGGCCUGGAGGGCAAGUGGAAAUAGAACAGAACUUCCUUAACAAUAAAUUGAAGACAAUCACUGCAUAUUUUGGUGACCUAAUUCGAAGACCAGCCUCUGAAACCUAACUAUGCGGCAGUGCAAGGACAAAAGAUCAUGGAGUGGUCAGAACAUUCAGAUGAGACGUUUGGCAUGUCUUCCUUUAUUCACUGAUAUUUUCUACCCAUG